UCCAGCAGUGUGUCUCUCGAACUUGCAACGCAGAAUUCCGCGGUCCGGUGGAAGUGCUCUCAGCAGAAGCAACAGCGUCUUGAUUCUCCUCCUCUGGAGAGAUGGUGAUGACGAUCAUCAGUGGCAGGGCCAGGCGAGGAGCGAGGAUGCAGCAAAGUCUCCUCGCCUGGUUGGUUCAGGGGAUCAUGAUGAACUUACUCCUCUCUGCAGCUUCUGCCAGGUCGCUACUCCUGCAACAGCAUCAUCACCGGGAUCAAGCUCGUUUCAAAUCUUCCAGAGUCGUCAUUAAAGGCGAGGUUUUGCUUUCCCCUCACUCGUCUCGGCUUCUUAAAGAGAGAGUUGUUUCGGAUGGGCUGAAAGCAGCGGCAACAACUGCGGCAGAAGCACAAACGCAACGAGUCAGAACUCCGCUGCCAGAAAAGAUAUCUUCGAGAUCUCAAAAACAGGAGAUCGAUUUCAAGAGCUACACGCUGCAUGACAAUCGCCACCACCACCAAAAGCCGAGAGAGAGCGAGGACUACACCUUUCAUGUAGACUACGCCGGACCCAAGCGACAUCCUCCCCACAGUCAUUGACCCGAUGUUCCAUUCUCAGCCACUUCUUUCAGAUACUUCAAUGCAGGACACUGCCAGCAAAAAGAAAAACAUGUAGUAGUUAGAACCUGCUCGAAAUCGAGUAUCAGAUCUUCUUUCACGGCGGAAAAAUUCAGCUGCUUUUUUACCUUGUAAAAAUUCUCCAAUAAAACCUUGAAAAGGAGCUUCAAUCAGCCACGAAAGCAUGGCAGCCUUACGCAUAAAAAAAACAAGGACCUUGAUGAACAUACCAGAAACCGUACAA